UAGUUAUACCUGUGUUUACCUUUUUUUCAGACACAGUUUAACAAAGAAAGAUGUUCUUUCGCCGUGCAUUCAUCCUUCUGUUUUUGAUUCCGUUAUCAAUCCAUAAUGUGUACUCGAAAAUAAGUUUACACUAUGCAGCCAUUGAAUUACUUGGGGAUAUUGACAGAUCAAGUGAUUUAUUUGAAGGAAUAAUCAUGGGAGAUGAAUAUAACGACUUACUUGAUAUCAAUAUGAAUCAAUUAGUCAUAUCAAGAUAUUUUCAUGUAAAAGUGACAAAGUUAGAUCGAACACCUAAGUAUGAUUGCGCGAAAGUUGAAAUUAUAGCAAAUGAGAAAGUUGAAAUUUAUAAUAGUUUUGAUUAUAUCCCAGAAAUAUGCUACAGUUUGAAAGGCGCAUUUUGGUAUGGCGGAGCAGAAUUGCAAUACCAACGAUGGCCGAUUCGAGGAACUUCAUUACCAAUGCAGCCCUAUGUAACUAAUGACAUUGUGCCACUCAAUCAGUCAUUUGGGAACGUGAUUGAACGCUUCUGGAUCAACUCUAAAGGUAUUGGUAUACGCGUUGAUGACAACACACCUCUGUCGGUAAGCUUCAACUUUAGUCAUGAUCAGAUUUGCUUUCGUGCUGAGAGCGGACAAAGAUGUACAAACAACGAAAAGCCUGCUUCUCUCGUAUAUGAGUUUUGCAGUGCAGACAAUGUAAAGGAAAUAUAUAAAUUGUUCACAAGUCUCCCAGCAGGUGUACCAGAUGAAAGAAUGUUCAAAUCGCCAAUCUGGUCAACAUGGGCAAAGUACAAAGUUCAUAUUGAUCAAGCAAAGGUUAUACACUAUGCAACUGAAAUUGUCGAGAACGGUUUUAGCAACUCUCAAAUCGAAAUAGAUGACAUGUACUCGACACACUAUGGUGAGUUUAAUUUUACACCAGAAAAAUUCAAAAACCCAAAGGAAAUGAUACAGAAAUUAAAACAAAUGGGUUUCCGCGUAACCGUUUGGGUAACACCUUUUGCAAAUUGUGAUUCACCCGCUUUUAAUGAAGGACUGGAGAAAGGAUAUUGGUUAAAAGAUUUGACAGGACAAGUUCCUGCUCUUGUUAAAUGGUGGCAAGGUAUUGGCGGACUACUUGAUGUUGAAAAUGACAAUGCUGUCAAAUGGUACAUUGAACGGCUGGUAAAAAUGAAAGACGAAUACGGUGUGGAUUCCUUCAAAUUUGAUGCAGGUGAAGUGACUUACCUACCACCUGUUCAUGAAUACUCGGGAAAAUGGUCCGACCACACUGUAUAUACAACUAAAUAUGUGGAAGCAGUUAGCAAGUUGGGGUCAAUGAUUGAGGUUCGGUGCGGUUAUCGGUCUCAAAAAGUCCCAGUUUUUGUCAGGAUGGGAGACAAAGAGUCCAGAUGGGGUUAUAACAAUGGCCUUCAAUCAUUAAUCCCCACAAUAUUGACGAUGGGAAUCUUGGGGUACCCGUAUAUACUCCCCGACAUGAUCGGCGGGAACGGAUACGUGUACGAUGAAACAGUGGAAAACCCGUUCAUAAAUACAGAGUUACCGGACAGGGAAUUGUAUAUCCGAUGGCUCGAGGUGACGGCGUAUAUGCCAGCCAUGCAGUUCUCCUUUGUUCCAUGGCAGUAUGAUGACGAAGUUGUGCAAAUAGCAAGGAAAUUCGUACAAAUACACGAGGAAAUAGUGACUCCACUAAUACUACAGGCUACGAAGGCAGCUCAGGAAACAGGAGACCCGCUUAUAAGACCGUUGUGGUGGAUAGCACCAAAGGACACGGAUGCACUGGAGUGUGAAACCCAAUUUCUGGUCGGGGACAAUCUCCUGGUGGCACCGAUUGUAGAAAAGGGUGCUAGGAAAAGAGAUAUUUACUUGCCCCCGGGAGAGUGGGAGGACUCAAAAAGUGACCAGACAAUAAAAGGCGGGGCUUGGCUAUAUAAUUACGAAGCAGAAUUAGACGAAGUGGCUACAUUUACACUAAAACAAUAAAACUUAUUUCUAUCUGUGCUUAAAGUUGUGACAGUAUUUCUAAGCCAUAACCAGCAGAAACUGAAUGUAACUAGUCUUUUUUACCAUCCUAGCAGUCUGACCGGCUCUUUACUGUUGAUAAAUUAACUGUUGAUUAACUUACUGUUUAUAAACUUACUUUAAAAUUUCAUCUUGUUAUCCCCAAAAAAAAUGAUAAUAGAAAGCGGGAUAAAAUCAAAUUCAGUCGGUUAAUUAAUUGUAUAUUAUAACAUAUGCAAUUAUAAUUAAGUAACAAAAUAUGUUAUUAAUUGAAUAAUGUAAGAUAUGCAAUUAUAAUUAAGUAACAAUAUACAUUAUAACCUAUAAUUAAUAAUGUAACGGCUUUCAACGAAAGACUCAAGACAUUACAUUUUGUAAAAAAAGGGUCAAUAUUCAAGUACAUUCCCUGUUUAUUUUGUUAAAGUAUAUUAGAAUUCACCGUUUUUUUUUUCAUUAAAGUAAAAACAUGCUCAGAUGUCACAUUUAAACUAUAUUUUUGAUAAAUAUAUAUUGUAAGAAUUUGAUAAUUGAUAUUCAAGAAAAUAUACAUGAACGACUAAACUUGUCUGUGUUUUUUUCUAUGUUGAAAUCAGUCUCAAUAUCAUGUUUUAUGCUCAAUCUCAUUAAAAUCAUAUCCUAACCCUACCCUACGUAGCGAAGAGUAACGGAGCGAAAACGAUGAUCUGAUUUUAAUGAGAUUGGUUUUAUGCUGUACAAGCGUGGAACUAUAUUCCAGUUGAUAUUUCUUAAUU